ACCUACCAGCAGAGGGCGCGCUAGUUAGAAUCCUCUGAUUUGUUUUGAGCGGAAGUUCUCCCAUUCAGAGCAAGAUUUCCGGUUUGUGUACAGCUCACCAAGCCACGCAGAAAGAUGAACGCGCCUCCUGCUUUCGAGUCAUUUCUUCUAUUUGAAGGAGAGAAAAAAAUCAGCAUCAGCAAGGACACGAAAGUUCCGAACGCGUGUUUAUUCACGCUCAACAAAGAGGACCACACGCUGGGAAACAUCAUCCGAGCUCAGCUGCUGAAGGACCCUCAGGUUUUGUUCGCUGGUUAUAAGGUUCCACAUCCUCUGGAACAUAAAAUCGUGAUCCGAGUGCAGACGACAGCUGACUACAGUCCACAGGAAGCCUUCACAAACGCCAUCACCGACUUGAUCAGUGAGCUGUCGCUGCUGGAGGAACGCUUCAGGGUCGCCAUCAAAGACAAGCAAGAAGGCAUUGAGUAACUCAAGCCCAUGAGACAACUUCCUGUUUGUGUGUUUGUUUAUCUUCAUUUCUGCUGUUUUUCUAAAUAAAUGUGAUGCCACUCUGAUUCAUCGCA